CGCUGCGUGCACACCUGCACACCGACAUCGCGGCUACUUCAAUCUUUGCGAACCGGCUGCAGAGAACCUAUUUGGAUGAGGCCUAGUAAUCAAUUUCAGAGCCUAUCAUCGAACCAGUAGUGGCUUUCGACUUCCCGGCGUCGGACGCACUUCUUUGCCUUUUAUGUUCACUGUUCCAAGUUAGGCGUCCGCCGUCUGGUUCUCUGUUCCGAGUCGUUGUAGCCGUCGCUCCUCUCGUCCACGGCCUAAAAGGGCAUCCCUUUCUGAUGAAUUCAUGACUCUCAUGAGCAAGCUAUUCCAACAGAAAUGGCUCAAAUGGUUUGUGGUUCUUGUCAUCGCCUUCUUUCAUAUCAACGAGGUGCCAGACAUGUCAAGUGUUCUUGCUGUCAGACAGUAAAUCUUGUGUUAGAAGCUGAUCAGGUUGGGCAAGUCAAGUGUGGGAGCUGUGCAGUACUGCUAAUGUACCCAUAUGGCGCGUCCCAAGUUAGGUGUUGCUCCUGCCAGUUUGUGACGAAAAUUGAGGAACACAACAAACGGCCUCCCUGGUCUGUACUUCAACUGCAAGGGAAAUCUACUCCUCCUAAAUCAGUUUCUUAGUAAUCUACUUAAUUACAGGCAUAAUGGAACAAGCUAAGAAGAUUCGUGAGAGGGUAUUUACAGGUUGCUACAUGUCCAUGUAUAGAAUAUAGACAAGCUCAUGAAAUUGUUUACUGGGCCCAUCCCGCAGGCCCCUUGGCUUUUUUACCAAUCUUAGAAUCUAAGUUUUAGGUGAGUCCUCAUCUUAUCAAAAGGCCUGAACAGGCUAGUCCUCAAGUCAAGCCCUAAUUGAUGGCUAUAUCUAAAAGCUUUCUAUGGUAUCAAAACUUUUUAUAGCAUCUGUAAAUAUUUUUCAUUACUAUGAUCCUCACUUUUACAAGGUAUACAUUUGACUUUUAAGUUAGAAGUUAAAAACUGCAAUAUUAGAUACUUUUGGAUUGUCA